AUGGCGGAAAAAAUAUUCUCAUUAAGUCAGGCUGUAGUCAUCUUUGGGCUGGCAGCCCUAUCUAGCUCUUUGGCGGCCCCAGGAGGACUGUACCAGGGUUACCACGGUCCCCAGGCGAUUCCCCAUGUUCUCCCAUCUGGUCAUCUAGCCGACACGCACGAAGUCGCGGCAGCCAAGGCUGAACACUUUCGCCGCCGUCAGUACCACGGACCCAUCGCCAUUCCUCAUGUCCUGCAUGAUGGACACAUCGCUGACACUCAUGAGGUGGCCGCUGCUAAGGCCGAGCACUUUGCCGCCGUGGCCAAGGCCCAGGCCCAUGCUGGCCACGGAGACCAUGGAGACUACCACGGAGAUGACGGCAGAUACGCUGGAGGCUACGACUCCCACUCCGGGUUCUCUGGAGCGUACCAUGGGGGUUCCGGAUAUGUCGGGGCUUACCACGGUCCUCUGGCCAAACCUGUGGUGCUGCCCAGUGGGUACCUCGCCGACACCCACGACGUUGCCGCUGCUAGAGGUCAUCACUACCAAGCUCUAGCUCAAGCUCACCAUCACUCCUCAGGGGACGAACACUACCAUCAUUAA